AUGAAGUUUUUGCUUGCAGACAUGUCGUUUUCUCCGGUUUGGAGUUUGGUCAAAACCUAUGUUGAAAGCCAUGCUGAUCUGCACAGAAAUUUUGUUAAAAGUCUUGUCGAUCUUUCAAAGAACGUUCAGAAGUACACCGACGAAGCAAUCAAGAUACACAAAACGGUGAAAGAAAGACAGUCGAAAACGUACGAUGCGGUGAAUUUGAUUCAGACAACGACGACAUGUUUACAGAAGGCGAAGGAAAACUACUUCCUGCGAUGCAUGGAGCUGGAGAAGCUGAAACAUGAGAACGGAACUUCAAAGGAAGUAGCUCGAUCAGAGAUGAGAGUUAAAAAAGCACGAGAAGAGUAUCAGCAAUACGUCGAAAAAUAUGCGUCUGUCAGAAUCGAAUUCAUGACGAGGAUGUCUGAAGCCGCUAAGAAUUUUCAAGAAGUCGAAGCAGUGUAUCUCAGUCAGAUGAAGAACUACAUAUCGGAAUAUGCGGCCUCGUUUUUGGGUAAUCAGGAACGGAUAACGCUGGUAAUUGGUCAUUAG